GAAAAAUAACGAAAAAGGAGCCAAUACCCAACAUCACCCAAUUCUCUCUUUGCCGCUCUUAACCACAUUACGGUACGUACUCAUAUUCUGCUCCAUUUUUCUGUUUUCUGCAACAAAAAUUGGAAACCCAAGUGAUGGAAAGGGGUGAAGGCUUGGUGAGUUUGGUAUUUUCUUGGUCUCUUGAGGAUAUACUCAACAAUGAUCUCUAUAGAGACAAGGUGAAGCAAAUUCCAAGGACGUUCUUGUCAAGACAUCACUAUCUGAACUCAUUUAUUUUUCCACUUAUUGAGGAGACACGAACAGAUUUAUGCUCAAGCAUGAAAAUGGUGUCAGAAGCUCCAAUGUGUGAAAUAAUUGACAUUGAUUUUUCUAAAGAUUACAAUCUUCCAAAUAAUUUGUUAUACCAAGUUCAAAUGAAAACAACAGUGAUUAUUGAUAAAAAAGGGGAUAUUUAUGAGCCUGAGGUUGGAGACCUCAUUGUUUUGACUGAUAUGAAGCCAACAUGCAUUGAUGACUUGAACAAGCCGGGAAAUUCCUAUUCUACUGCUUUAAUUAGAAAGGUAAAAAAAGAAAAAGAAAAUGAAGAUGUUUAUAAGGUUCAAAUACUAGCCUCAAAGCCCAUUAAGUUCAAAAUGCAGUUGCAAAAGGAUGAAACAUAUAUAUAUGGUUUUGCUGUCUGUCUUGUGAACUUAACAACAAAUUUGCGUGUAUGGAAUGCGUUAAACUCAGAUGCAGAAGGUCCAGGCAUGCAUCUCAUCAAGCAGCUGCUUCAACUUAAUACUUCUGUUGCGGAAAACUGCACUCAAUGUUUCUCUAGUGAAAGGUAUGCUAUUGACGUAUCAAAUCUUGGUGCUGUCAUUCGCUCAUUUGAUUUAAACAAAGCGCAAGAAGAGGGAGUUUUAAGUUGUAUAGCUGCGAGGGAAUGCUCCCACAAAAAUACUGUGAAAUUGAUUUGGGGCCCUCCAGGGACAGGGAAAACAAAAACUGUUGGCUCGUUACUAUUUGCCCUUUUCAAAAGGAAAUGCAGAACACUUACUUGUGCCCCAACUAAUGUGGCCAUACUGGAAGUGACAUCUCGGUUUCUACGGCUAGUGAUGGAGUCCCUUGAUUAUCAUACUUAUGGUCUUGGAGACAUAGUAUUAUUUGGCAAUAGAAAGCAGAUGAAUAUUGCCAAUCGUGAUGAUCUUGUUGAUAUAUUUCUCGAUUACCGUGUAAAUACUCUUGCCAAGUGCUUUGCACCCUUGUCUGGUUGGAAACAUCAUCUAGAACAGCUGAUAUCGUUACUUGAAAACCCUGAAAAACAGUAUCAUGAAUAUUUAAAGUGUGAGGGAAAGAAGGAUUAUGUGAUAGAUGAUGAUGAUUGCUUGAAAGAAGAGAAUGAACUACUCGCAAUUGCAAGUCAACAAACAGAUCAAGAGAAAAAGAAUAUCUAUUCCGAGGAUCCAAAAAUUUGUAAGCAAAAUGAGUGGACAAGAAUUAUUAAUAAAACUUUAAUAGAAAACAGGUUGCAUUUUAAAGAGGGAAGCAAAAGAAAAUAUGAUAAACAGGAGAAGAAGGAUAAUAUUUUUCACAAGAGCAAAAUAACAAUAUUGACAUUUCAUGAGUUUGUCAAGGAAAAAUUGAAUUUCAUCAGGGGGAAGAUGAGGAAAUUUGCCGUUGAUAUGUGUACUCAUUUGCCAACUUCUUUUAUUUCAUUAAGUGUAGUGAAAACUUUAUUUGAAUGUCUUGAUCAGCAUAAAGUCCUUGCAGUGGUGCUAUCAAACAAUUCCAUUACUGAUCAAGGAUUUAAACAUGCUCUUGCUACUUAUGUUGAUGAAAGUAGCAUUAGUUGCUGUACUUGGCAGGAUAAGUUGCAUAUGACCAGGAAAGAAUGCCUUAAAAUGUUGAAAUCACUUCAAAAAGUGUUGAUUCUUCCUGAUUUUUUUGAUGAAUAUUCAAUAAAAAACUUUUGUUUGAGAUGCUCUCGCAUGGUUUUUUGUACUGCUUCAAGCUCUGCAAGACUGCAUGCAGUAGGAUUUGAUAGACUAGAAAUGUUAGUUAUUGAUGAAGCUGCUCAACUCAAAGAAUGUGAAUCAAUUAUACCUUUACAACUUCCUGGUCUUCGUCAUAUUGUACUUAUUGGAGAUGAGAAGCAAUUGCCUGCCUUAGUCAAAAGUGAGAUUUCUGACAAGGCGGGGUUUGGGAGAAGUUUGUUUGAAAGGCUGGUUCUUUUGGGUCAUGAAAAACACCUUCUCAAUGUUCAAUAUAGAAUGCAUCCAUCCAUUAGCUUGUUUCCAAAUAUGGAGUUCUAUGACAAACAGAUUUUGGAUUCUCCUAGUGUCAAAGGAAAAAGCUAUGAGAAGCUUGUUUUACAAGGAGAUAUGUUUAAGUUCUACUCUUUCAUAAAUGUUGCUUAUGGACAAGAUGAAUUUGGUGAAGGGAAUAGCAGAAAAAAUAUGGUGGAAGUUGGUGUGGUAUCUGAGAUUGUUCAUGACCUUUAUAAAGAAUCAACUUCUAGAAAACAGACUGUUACUGUUGGUGUUAUUUCACCAUAUAAAGCUCAAGUUGUUGCCAUACAAGAUGCUCUUGGAAAAAGGAUUGGUGGUCAUGUGCAUAAAGACUUUUCCGUGAAAGUUUCUACUGUUGAUGGUUUCCAAGGUGGUGAAGAGGAUGUGAUAAUAAUAUCUACUGUCAGAUAUAAUAGCAUGGGAUUUGUGGGAUUUAUUUCUAAUUUUCAGAGAACUAAUGUUGCUUUAACAAGAGCAAGGUAUUGCCUUUGGAUAGUAGGUAAUGGUGUAACUUUGAUUAAUAGUGGCUCUGUUUGGGAGAGACUAGUCCUUGAUGCUAUGGCUCGAGGGUGUUAUCACAAUGCUGAUGAGGAUGAGAGAUUGUCUUCUGCUAUUGCAACUGCCAUGAUUGAGCUUGGUCAAGUUGACGAUCUACUGAAUUUGAAUUCUCUGCUCUUUAGGAAAGCAAGGUGGAAGUUGUAGAAAGCUGGAAAUAAACAUUUCACCAUCAACAUGUAAUACAUGAAAAGGAACAAGGCAGCUCAUGUGUUUACCAAGCCCAGGGUUGUGACUGCCCAGACCUACCAGUUUACUCAGUCCAAUUACCUGAAUCCCAAUAAUUUUUCUCGCAUUGCAAAUGCGUAACAGAUCAAUAUGUAUUUAGCAUAUGCAGAAAAUUGUUCUAAAAUUAAAAUUCUCUCAUCAAAGGAGAAGGCAUUUAGAUUGAUGAAUUUUAGCUGCUCUCUAACCCAUAUGACAGAUGCAGCAGAUGAAGGUCUUCCGAAGAAUCUUAAAAGCUUUACCAUUUUCAUGUAUUCUCAAUCUUUUCAGUGACCAUCUAUCUUUAUUAUAGGUUUUCUUCAAUCAGAGUUUUCUGAUCUCUAUGACAAGAAUUAAGAGCACUGAGAUUUGCAAGAAAAUAUGUUCUCUGCUGAUGCAACUUUCAAGUGGUUGGCGUCAACCCCACCAGGAGAUAAAUAUUGGAGUUGUGGAUGAUACUUCUUCCCAAGUGUUGGAGGUGUAUAAGGUUAAUGAGUUGCUUUACCUUGUAUGGACUGUAGAUGUUCUUAAGGAGAACUCAAAUUAUAUUCAAGUUUUGAAGAUUUGGGAUGUCUUGCCAUUAUCUGAGGUAUCAACGAUGGCAAGGGAUAUUGACAUCUCAUACAAGAAUUAUUCUGUUGAUAUUCUUAGAUGCUGCAAAAUCAGAUGUUCUGAUGGGAAAUUUGACUUUCCAGUGACAUGGUCAGCUAGUUCGAGUUAUCCAACCAAUUAUAAUCUUACACAAACUGAUCCUCUGCAGUCUCUAUGUAACCAAUUUGCUUUGCUCAGACUGAGGGAUGUUUAAAUUAAAAUCAAUAGUAUAUUACUCAUCUUCCUUGAAUUUUGUUUCUAUUACUCUAAGCUAGGUUUUUCAAUGCAUAUUUACAAUUUAAGGGAGGUUUGUGUAGGGUUUUACAAUAGAGAAGAGGUUAGUGUAAUGCAAGUAAAUAUAACCGAGGUCAGAGUAAUUUACUCUCAAAUUCGGUCAGUCCGAAGUCAUGGGUAAGUUUUUCUUUCUGCCUGUUUAGGACUUCGAAGUCAUGGCCAUGAUAUAUUUUAGAUUUUAUUUUGUAGUUAUUGCUAUUCUAAAUUCAAAAACAAGCCUUUCCUUUUGUUAGUGCGAAUGCGAUAUUGACCUUGGUUUCUCUCUUUAGAUGUUCAUCAUCUUUAUAUUUAUCAAGAAAAAAGCAUUAUGGCCGGUUUUACAUUUGGAACUAAGAAUAAUUU